AUGGGAUUAGAGCAGUCUAAGCUGCGUCGUGCGGCGCCUGAACCAGAACAGGAGGAUCAAGUAGAACCCGCGCCACCUUCAGACGUGUCACAUAUCCUCGCCACAGGCGCUGACGAACAGCCCCUAUCUAGCUCGUUGAGUGCCCACCGUGAACGUGUGCAACAACUACGUGCACAGCAAGCAUCCGAACCCUCCACUGAUGCACAGGUUCGUGAAGAGCUUCAACGAGCAGGCGUGUUGGAUCAACCAGAUACCCAUGCACAGGAUUCAUCAUCACUGGACGACUCUGACGACGACGCCAACGAUUCCGAUUCGACAGAAGAAGAAGUGGGCCCUGUACUCGGAAAGCACGCAUUGGACGAGGCUGAAGAGCCGGGCGUGGAUGACUCUGCGCCGCCAAAGACUAGGCAUGAGAUGGACGAAGAUGAUAUUCCCGUGCCCUCUAUUUCACAAGUGGAUACGCAGGAUUUGCACAAAUUGGAGCGUCUAGGGCAUGUACACUCGAUCGUGGACAAUGUUGUGCUGGUCGAGCAGGAUAAAAGCGCGCAGGAGUCUGAAUCUGUGUAUGACGUGUUGGAUUCAGAGAGUCUUCUAUGUAUGGAAGAUGGUCGUGUUCUAGGACUUGUGUACGAAACGUUUGGCUCUGUCCUCCAGCCGAUGUACACGGUCCGCUUUCGGUCUAAUACAGACAUAGACCAUGAAAUGGUCGCUAUUGGUCGAUCUGUCUACUUUUUACCAUCCAACAGUACCUAUGUGCUCACUCGCUCUAUUCGCACCAAAGGUAGCGAUGCCAGUAAUAUGUGGGACGAGGAGGUGGCCGAGGACGAAGUGGAGUACAGUGAUGACGAGGAGGAACAAGAAGCCAAACGCCGAGCCAAAAAGAGCCGGAGUGGCCGUUGGCAGGAUGAUGCAGACCCAGCUACCGCCUCUUUGGGCCCCCUCGGUCCUACGCGUGGUCAGAAGCGACGUGGUCCUAGACGCCCACAGGCCAUGGCAUAUCCUUCCGUGUCACAGCAAGGCUGGCCUCUUCCUACGCGUCCGUGGUACACCCAAAGUGACAUGUCUACUUCUGCCGUGCCACAUUUCAAUCCACGAUUUACCGAGCAAUGGCUGUUUCCACGGCCCUCCAACACACCAUUUGGUAUCCCAGCUCCAUUCAUGCCGCCCUACUCACCCCACGAGCCCAGCAUGUCACACGACGCGUAUGACCCAAAUGCACCAGGCCCAGGCUAUACACGUCCCCAGUAG